CUUACCGCUCGCAAUAAAACGUGCCACUUCUUGUUCUAUGUACUCAUCCGUCACGCCAAAUUCUGCCGCCAUUCUACUUAAAUUAAUUGUCCUGUACGCCUGCAGCAGCUGGGAGUAUGCUUUUAGACGCAUCUCUCUCACGUAAUAACGAUAAUGGGGAUGGAGCAGGGGAUCUGCUUUCAGCUCGGUCUCUAUCCACGCAAGAUUCCUGAAGAAUUCUUUGUAACGACAGUCAUAGAAGGAAAGAAAAUAGUCUCGGUACCGAACGGACUCGGUUCCAAGAUGCAUUUCGAUAUGUCCGUCAACCAAUCAGGGAAUUCUGUUUGAAUGAGAAACAUCGCAUUUGCAGCGCCAUUUGUAGCUGCGUCAGUUAACCGCCAAAUGUGUUACCGCUAACCUCAUGUUGUCUUUACAUCCAAGUUUAUAAUAGGAGCUUGAACUAGAAAUCAUGACAUCGAAAGCAGGAGCUGUUAUGAAUUUGCCAUGGGUUGAGAAGUAUCGUCCAAAAAAGUUAGAGGACCUUAUAUCUCACGAGGAAAUUAUUAAAACUAUAAAUAAAUUUAUCGAUGAUGAUCAACUUCCUCAUCUUCUAUUUUACGGUCCACCCGGUACAGGGAAAACCAGUACAAUACUUGCGUGUGCUCGAAAACUGUAUACACCAGCCCAAUUCAAUUCAAUGGUACUAGAAAUGAAUGCUUCAGAUGACAGAGGUAUUGGUAUAGUCAGGGGUCAGAUUCUUAGUUUUGCAAGUACAGGUACAAUGUAUAGAUCAGGUUUUAAACUAAUUAUCCUUGAUGAAGCAGAUGCUAUGACGAAUGAUGCACAAAAUGCUCUUAGAAGAAUUAUUGAGAAGUAUACAGACAAUGUACGGUUUUGUAUCAUAUGCAACUACCUGAGUAAAAUUAUUCCUGCUCUUCAGUCCCGUUGCACCAAGUUUAGAUUUGGUCCAUUGUCUGAAAGUCAGAUUAUACCUAGGCUAGAUAAUAUUAUCAAAGAAGAGAAUUUGGAAGUCAGCGAAGAUGGCAAAAAAGCAUUGGUCACCCUAAGUGGAGGAGAUAUGAGGAAAGUUUUAAAUGUACUUCAGAGCACGUGGCUUGCAUUUGGUUCAGUUACAGAAGAAACCGUCUACACUUGUGUUGGACAUCCUCUUCCAAUAGAUAUAGCAAAUAUUGUGAAUUGGUUAUUGAACGAGUCGUAUGAACUCUGUUAUUGCAAAAUACAAGACAUAAAAUUGAAGAAGGGGCUUGCGUUACAAGACAUACUAACAGAAGUCCAUUUGUUUGUAAACAAAAUCAAAUUUCCGGACCCGGUACUUAUUGAUCUGGUGAUUAAAUUAGCAGAAAUAGAAAAGAGGGUUGCUAUUGGUUGCAGCGAAGCAGUGCAAUUGAACGCCCUAGUUUCUGUAUUUCAAAAUGCCCGCGACGUGUUUCAAACGCCCAGCGAAAUGUCCGAGAAUGCCCGUGAAGUUGAAACAUCUUGAAGUUCGCGUUAAGGUAAUUCUUAAUUUAUAUUUUGUUACAAACGAAACGAAAUAAAAGCUACCAUAAAAAAAGACAGUUCUAUCGUU